AUAGACGACGUUCUUCCCGUCCCAACAAACCUAGCAAACAUCGUCGCGUCUCACUCCUCUGUCUCUUACUUUCACAAGAUUCUCACACCAGAGAUCAUAGACCGUCUCAAUUCCUCUUCAGAGCUCACCCUCUUCCUCCCAGAGGACACUGCAUGGGACGCCCUUGAUCCCAUUGAGAAACUGUAUCUCGAGAGUGGCUUUGCGGCCCACGACCUUCGUCGUAUCUUUGAGAUGCACACAGUAGAGAAGAAGACUGUGAAAUGGUCCGACUCGUUUCAGCCUGCGAUCAAUUUGACCACUCUUGACGGCCAGACGUUAAGGAUCGUGACCGCUCCCGACAAAGUGCUCGUUUCUGACGCCGAGCUCAAACAGCCAGACAUCUACGCCUCCAAUGGCGUUCUCCACACUGUCUCUUCCUUGCUCAUUCCUCCCGGCGUACUGCAACUGACACCAGAGAAAUUCCUUCUCACUUUGCACUGUACCCACUUCAUCUCGCUUAUCCAUUCGGUCAACCUCACUCAUCUAGUGAACGACACGCAAGCGAAGUACACCAUCCUUGCCCCUCAAGACGAUGUUAUUGCUAUGUAUGGAGACGGUGAUUUACCGGAGAAGGGUAGUGAGGAACUGAAGAAGUUGCUGAAAUAUCACUUCCUUCCGGGCCAGUGGAAUCCGAGCAAAUUGAAGGACGGAAUGCUUAUACAGACCGAGUUGGAUGAACCUGGAUUGGGCUCCGGAAGGCAAGUUCUCGAGGUAGAGGUCAGCGGGCAUGGGAAAGAGAAAUCCGAAGCUUCGAUCAGCUUUGGCGGUGCCUCUAUCGUCGGAGAACCUCACGAGAUAAACAACACAUUAAUCUACUUCGUUUCUCGACCGCUCGCACCGCCUGAUAAUGCGUUGCAAGUGGCACUUCCUUCUCUCGACCUAUCUUCGUUCCUUGCCGCCAUCUUUUCCUCUUCGCUAGCUGACUUUCUCAAGACAACACCCCGCACAACGCUUCUCAUCCCUCAUAACGAUGCGUUUAAGCGCUUGGGUCUCCUAGUCAGCGAGCAUCUUCUCUCUGCUUCUUCGAAAUCCGAUCUAGAACAUGUCAUCCUGCACCACGUACUCGACGAUGUCGUAUAUGCUCAGAGCUUGCAAAACAGCUCCGCCCGGACAUAUGCGACUUUGGAAGGCUCAGACCUCCACGUGGAAAGGACCGCGAAUGGCUCGAUCGUUCUCAAUGCUAGUGGCGGUUGGGCCGGCCUGAACUCCGAUCUCUACCCGAGAAACAUGCUCACCCAGACUGGGGUCGUGCAUGAACUCUCCGACGUACUUAUCCCACGCUCUCUCGAUCUUACUGUCGGGAAGCUUGUCAAGGCAGCUAAGGGCACGACGAUGACAAACAUGGUCGUCAAGGCGGGCAUGGACUGGACUGGCACAGGAUGGACGCUCCUAUGCCCCACAGACGACGCGUUCAAGCCGUUCAACCUGACACAGCUGUACUCGAACACGCGCAUCCUGCGCGCGAUCGUCAGCCAGCACCUGAUCAAGGUGCCGCAGUCCGUCGAGGUGUCCGACGCGCCGAAUAACAACCGCCCGCUGUCGCUCGACAACUCCGCCACGUACGCGACGCUGCUCUCGCCAUACUCGGACUACGGCGACGUCGUGUUCCGCGCGCUCGAGGGCGGCGACCUGGUCGUCGGGAUCAAGGACGCGCGGGGCACGAACGGGCGCGCGGACUCUGCGCGCGUGCUGGCGUGGGGCCGCGCGACGACGGGGUCCGGCACGGGCGGCGUCAUUCAGAUCGAUCGCUUGCUGGUUCCGUACCAGCCGCCGUGGUGGAUAGCGUUCGGUGCGCCGGUCGCGGUUGGCGUGAUCGGCUCGCUCGCGAUCUGCAUGUUUUUCUUGGGCGUGAGGGCCGUGUGGAGGAGGGACGCGACCGAGGCAACGUACGAGCCUGUCGGCGGGUUUUCCAGGGAAGAGGAUGCGCUUGUCGACGCGUGA